AUUUGCUUCUUUCCUUCCUCCGAAACCACCAAUUUCUCUCUCUCCAAACAGCACCCUAACCCUUCGUUAGGGUUUUUAGGAACGAAAAAUUGCUGAGAAGGGCAAAAAAAAUUCACAUUCAUAGCCGUCGUUAGAUAACAGGUAAUUUAGGGUUUUUAUUUUUUCUUUUCAUGUACUGCAAAGGGUUUUUCGAUUUUAUCUUAUGACUUAUGAAUGGAGAUUAUUAUUUGUGGCAUUUUCUUGACUUCUUCUGAUUUAUCAUUCUUCAUAGCCCUGGCAACUACUCUUUUUUGCUUCAUUUUUUUGGCUGUUUUUAUUCUUCGGUCCUCAAAAAAACCAAAAUUACCGUCCAGCCCUUCCGAAUUGGAAAAUUUAAAGCCCUUUGAUUGUGCAUGCGCGGGAGAGAAGAGUAGAAAUCGAAGUGGUGAAGAAAUGACGCCUGGUUUGAAUUGCGGUAAUGGUGGUGGUGGAGAGAUUGGGGAAAUAAUUGUGGAGAGGCAUACAGGGGCAUCCAUGAUGGAGCAGCUGGUGCCGGAGAUCACGACACAUGCCCUUAGCUACUUGGAUUAUCCAAGCCUUUGUCGCCUCUCAAUGACUAAUUCACAUAUGCGCAAAGCUGCAAAUGAUGACAAUGCGUGGAAGGCUCUCUACCAUAAGGAUUUUACUUUGGAACAAGACAGUUUGACACCAGUCAAUGGAUGGAAGGCCUACUAUGCUGCUACAAGAGCCAUUGUUAAUACUAAUGUCGAGUUUUUUAGAAUCAUUACAGAAAGAUCACUUCCAGCAAUGGGUCAGUUUUGGCUUAAUGUAGAUUAUGUGAAGUGUUUUCAUGCAACUGGAGAGUCCUUUACUGGUUACAAUGCAGUUAUGGAAAGCUGGCAACUCGCAUUUAGCUGGGAAAAUGUUGUUGAUUUCCAGAUUCGAGAUGUAAGAGCGCGGGUACUGACAGAUAUGGCCUGGGUUACCAUGAAAGCUUAUCUUGACAUGGAAACUGGGCCAUUCAAUGUGACUAAUGUUUAUGAGUUUCAUAGUGGGAGAUGGUACAUGGUGCACCAUCACAGCUCUGCGAUGCUCAUUCAUGGAGGUGGUGAGCAACAAUUUCUGCAGCAUGCAUGACAAGGAAGAUACUAAAGUCUAGUAUGAAAAUGAAAAUUGGUAAUUAUAAUAGGGAUCUUCAAACUUUGCAGGAUGUGACACUCGAAUCUCCAGACCUAUUUAUAGUGCAAACAGCUAUGACUCCUGUAAAAUCUCGCAGUAAGAAGAGAGAGGAAACUGUGUAUUACCAUGUAAUGGUUGCCUGUGGCUGCUGCAAGAAGGGGAAUUGAAACCUGAGGCCGAAUGGAAUCAAUUUGCUUUAUUUGAAAAGUCUUAGAUAUCUUAAUGUAUAAAAUAUUAUUAAAUUUAAUAUAUUAAUAUUGCACAGGUGCGACUCUAGUGGACCUGACAGUUUUUAGUUAUUUUUGCUGAAUUUUAAUUUCUAUAAAAAUAACAUAGAUCUUCGGGCUCUAAA